ACAACCAUGGCUGCCCUGCGCAGGCUUAUCCGUUCGUUCACUAGCAGCUCCGCAACAGGGACGUUUACGGCGGGGAAACAAACACAUUCAAAGGCGACAAAAACAGUGAGAGUUGUCGCGGCCGGAGCGUGUGUCACCGCCGUGGCCGGUGCCGCUUAUUGUUACUACUGCUCGGUGGUCGGUAGGCGCUCGGUACUGACGAGCCAUGUCGAGGCUCGACUCCUGCAUCUGGCUUUACCGUCAGUUUCUGCCACCGACAAGGCUAGGAACUACGGCCUGGAUGAUGGAGACGUGUACAUGUCGUCCCAUGAAAACAGAUUCCGUCUGUUCAGUUCUGUGGAGUGUGAGGGCCAGCUUUACAUGACGCCACUCAACUUCAUCGAGUCUGUAACGCUGAACGAACCCAAGAGUAAGAGGACAUGGAAGUCCUUAACAAAAAAGGAAUUAGACAAGAUGCUGGCUGAUACCCCGCCUGUUUGGAAAGGAUCAUCUAAUUUGUUUAGAAAUCUUCGCGAGCGAGGUGUCAUCAGCUACACGGAGUAUCUCUUCUUGCUCUGCAUUUUAACAAAGCCUCAAGCAGGAUUCAGGAUUGCUUUCAACAUGUUUGAUGCAGAUGGGAAUGAAAUGGUGGACAAGAGGGAGUUCUUAGUGCUUGAAGACAUUUUCCGUAAGAAAAAGGACAGAAAGGAAGUUACUGAAGAUGGGCAAAGAUUUGAUCUGCAGAGCCUGCAACUGUACGGCCAACGCAAAUCCCAGCCUCACAGUGUCCUUAAAAAAGACAAUCAGCAUGUGGAGGCCCGGGGCAUGUGGGAUGUUCUCAAACGCGGCACAAGUCAAGUUCUGUUUUCUGAUCUCACUGAGCACGUGGAUGAAAAAAUAGAGACAACUCUGCUGGUGCACUUCUUUGGGAAAAAAGGGAAGGCCGACUUGAAGUUCGAAGACUUUUACCAGUUCAUGGACAACUUGCAGACAGAGAUGCUUGAGAUAGAGUUCCUCUCCUACUCCAAAGGCAUGCCCACCAUCAGCGAGGAGGACUUCGCUAGGAUCCUUCUGCGCUUCACCAACGUGGUCGACAUCAGCGGAUACAUGGACAACAUUCGCCACUGUAUACCGGAUGAAAAGGGAAUCACCUUCGAGGAGUUCAGAUCUUUCUUCUUGUUCCUGAACAACCUAGAGGAUUUUACCAUCGCCAUGCAGAUGUACAACUUUGCCAACCGCUCUAUUGGUCAAGAGGAGUUUAGCCGCGCCGUCUAUGUGGCUACAGACAUCAAGCUGACCCACCACGUGGUGAACACCGUUUUCAAGAUCUUCGAUGAGGAUCACGACGAUAAGCUCAGCCACAAGGAGUUCAUCGGCAUCAUGAAGGACCGGCUGCACCGCGGCAAGAGGGGCGUCAGAGUUGAGGAGAAGUUCACCUCUUUUAGGUCGUGCUUGAAGAAGACGCUUUCGGGCAAAUAGGUGAAGAUCCCAACAUCAGUGCACGUCUUACAAACUGGACGAACUGUUCCUCCUUCAAGCUUUCUACCAGGAUAGAAGAGUUAAUGCAUGUUGCAGCAUCUUAUUUCACUAUGUUUUAGUUUUACAAUAAACAGGAUGUGGUACAAACAGGAAGAGGUCGGUCUCAUGGGAAGCUGUUGUAAGAGGUGACCCAUGAUGAAUGUAACAAGGAAAUCCUCUUAAGUCAGUUGAGAAGAUAUUACACUAUUUAUUAAUCCAUCUACUUGUAAAUAUAUGUAUCAGUUGAUUGUUAACACUGAUUUUAUUUAUUUAUUUAUUUAUUUAAAAGCUCUACUUUGUCUUAAUAUUGCUCUGCCAAUGCAAUUAUCUUUUCUGUAUAGCGGCAGCAUUGCUUAUAUACGUGUUCCUGUUGGCAGCCCCCCCCCCCCUGUACAGAUCAGCUUAGCCCCCCUGAACACACUUACUCAGUCUGUAAUGUAUUUAAAUACAGGCAGCUAACGUUGUUAAUCAUUUCUUACUGAAGAGCACUUUUCCUUCUCUUGUAUUAAAAAAAGAAGUGCUAUUUUCAUGCAACCGGCAGGAGUCCCCUUUUCUAGAAUAUUGAAGCCAUACGUUUGUCCCACACAGCUUAAAUUAGUGUCGGAUUUAAAGGAGCAAUAUGUUAAAAAUGACCUUCCCUUUAGGCUAUGUAGGCAUAGUUUACACUGUAAAGAAAUCUGCACUGGUACUGUAUGUUACUGAGGAUUUUUAAUGACUUGUUUCCUGGUCUGAUGUUUGCUUUGGGUGGAGUUAAUGUACUGAAAAAUACUGAGUGAAGGUAACAAAAUGUGACACGCUCAAAUAUUAACCCAACUAAUAUCUUUGUAUUUCAGCCUACUUUCUCUUUUAAUUUUGGAUGUGUGGAUUGAUUAGUUAGACUACCUCUGGAAGAGUUUUGGAAACUCGUUGCCUUUCUUUUCAAUUAGGCUUCGACUGUUUUACUCAUGUUAAAGCCCAGGUGCAUUUAUAAUACCGUGGUGGAAUAAAUAGAACUUAAAAUA